AUGGCCGACACCAAUUCCCUGCUUAGUCUGCUCGAGCCGAUUCUGGAACAAUUCCAGGCCAUGCGGCCUCUUCUGCCUACCUAUGCUCACCUCAUAGUAUCCGCAAUCGUACCCAUAUACACUGGAGCCCACGCUUCGUUAUCCCGUCCAUCAUCAGCAGCAAAGGCGAAAAAAAGAUCUAAAGCUGAAUCAGACGCAGAGGACGACGACGAAGAAGAAGAAGAAUCAAAGGAUAAAGGGCAUAAGAUGGAAGGAUUGGAGCCCUCUGAUGCGCUCAUGUUCCCAUUGAUGGCAGGAUUGACGUUAGGCGGCCUUUACAUGAUCAUAAAAUGGCUGAAGGAUCCCCAAGUCCUUAACAAAAUUCUGAGCUUUUACUUCUCUCAGAUGGGCCUGUUCUUUGCCGCAGCUCUGUUCAGAGAUGGGUUGAAAGUCAUGCGUUCAUUUUUCUUCCCAUCAACAUACAGUUCUGGCGGUUAUCAGUGGAAAGUUGAUCAGAAAAAACGAAACUGCACAGUUGUUCAGAAAAAACGCAAUCCGCAGACUGAGGCUACGACUACAACCACUCUUGAACGAAAGUCCCCACUACCUGGCUUUCUUGGAACCGUCCCAUUGCCCAAUACGAUCCUAGAUCUGUUAUGGGAAAUCCGCGCACUGGUGUAUCAGAGACUGCAACUGCGCGCCGAUUUGCUCUCACUUGCGAAGGUCAAAACUCGCUUCGAUAUGCUAGAUGUCUCUGGGGUCUUCGCUGCCUUGGUUGCCGUGGCAUACUUCGCCUUUUUUGCCAAGCCAUGGUGGUUGACAAACGUCUUAGGUUUUAGCUUCUGCUAUGGCUCAUUGCAAGUCAUAUCGCCUUCAACUUUUACAACUGGGUCUUUGAUCCUGGCAUCACUGUUUCUAUAUGACAUUUACUUCGUGUUCUUCACCCCAUUGAUGGUGACGGUGGCAACUAAGCUCGAUGUUCCCAUAAAGAUGGUAUUCCCCCGUCCAGCCAGCCCGGGCGAAGACUCAAGUGAACUGUCUCUCGCUAUGUUGGGAUUGGGUGACAUUGUGGUCCCCGGUAUGAUGAUUGGCCUUGCCUUGAGAUUUGAUCUCUUUCUGUACUACAAGUACAAAAGCAUUCAGAACUCGAAAAAUAAUUCUUCUGCAGAGGAAAACCAGAAGCCUGUUUACAAACGGGCUACAGGUAAAUGGGGCGAGCGAUUUUGGACGCGCUCGAAGUCUGUAUCACCAGAGCCUUCAUAUCUAGAUGCACAGGCAUUUCCUAAACCAUAUUUCUUUGCUAGUGUUAUUGGAUAUGUUGGCGGCAUGGUCGCUACUUUGAUUGCAAUGCAAUUUUCGAAUCAUGCUCAACCCGCACUACUCUAUCUCGUCCCUGGCGUUCUCAUAUCGCUGUGGAGUACUGCUUAUUUUAGAGGGGAACUUGAUUCCAUGUACUCAUUCUCCGAUAUGAUUGAGGACGAGGACUCUGGAGCGAAAAGUGGGAGCAAUCAAGAGAAGGAUAAAAACGAAGUAGCCAAUAAACGCGGUUUAUUCGCGCGUAUCUGGGCGGGUGAUGUGAAUGCUCCGUUUGAUACAACAGUCGAAAUUAAUAAAGACGAUAAUGAGAUGAAGAAGGAGCCACCUACUGAAAGUUCAUCCAAAGAGAAGAACGAGUCUGCUGGUGAGCUGGCUUCAACAAAGGCAACAAAAGAGGAUGAAAAGUACAUAUUUUCGCUGUCCAUCUCAGUGCCUCAGGCAAAGUCAUGA